UAAACAAAAAAUUUGUCGCUAUAGCCUCCCGUUUUUGCAGAUGAGAUGACGGCAUUCUCCCGACUUUCAAUCGAAUAAGGAUUAAUUUGGGCUACAGGACCGAUUCAAAGAACAGGUUUUCCUUUGAAGCCGUGCAGAAAAGCCACAACCGGAAACGACCGCCAAGUGUGUUGGCUACGAGACCUGCAGCUGUCUGGAUUGCCGACCUUCGAUCACUUCUUCCAUGGAGCUUUAUAUAACUCAUCCUUCCCUCCCGUUAAGUGUGAGAAACCUUUCGAAAACCCUAUGAAAAGGUAUCUUGGAAACCCUAAAACGACAAAAGCCCUGUCACCCUCCUACCCCACCUCGCCUUCUCUUUUUUUCCUCUAAUCCGUUCCUUCUCUCAAUCUCGCAUUUUUCAUCUCAGAUUACCGCCGAUUGAAUCUCUAGUUUAUCCUGCAUGAUGGAUGUCUGUUACCCAUACUUCGAUCCUGAUUUUGAGAACCUUAAUGAAAGGAUAUAUGGUCCAAGGGUUAAUGUGGAUAACGAAGACUGUAAAAACUGCACUGUUGUCAAGGUGGAUAGCCUAGAAAAACAAGGUCCCUUGCUCGAAGUUCUACAGGUUUUGAUUGACAUGGAUCUGCUCAUUUCAAAGAGCUAUAUUUUUUCUGAUGCUGGUUGGUUCAUGGAUGUUAUUCAUGUGAAAGACAAACUCGGCAACAAGAUCCGAGAUAACAGAGUCAUUAACUACAUUCAACAGGCCAUUUAUCAAAGGGGAGGGCUUAAAAAUCCACAAGAUCAUGUUAUGAACUCUUAUGAAACCACUGCAAAGUCUGAAUUCUGCCACAAGUGCACAGUCAUUGAGAUUAUUGGGAUCAAUCGGCCUGGACUUUUCUCAGAGAUAUUAGCUGUUCUCGCUGAAGAAAAUUGUAAUGUCAUAGAAGCUCAUGCAUGGAGUCACAAUGAUUGCCUUGCCUGUGUGGCCUAUGUCUCUGAUCAAUCGACUUCAUCCUAUAUUGAUGAUCCCAAUCGACUGUCCACCAUUAAAGACCAUCUCUCUAUCGUCCUGCAAGCAAACUCAGCUGAUGAUAACGAUCAUGUUUUCAUUAAAACGUGUUUCACAGAGUCCAUUCGCUCGAUGUGUCAAACGGAGCGUCGUCUCCACCAGCUUAUGUUGGCUAACCGAGAUUUUGAUGGGCCACCACAUUGUUGUUCAAACACUUUAGUCUCAUCAAUGAGAAGACGAAAGGAGAAAAAGGUGACUAUUGAUCGGUGCACUGAGAAAGGAUAUUUGAUUGCUAACAUUGAGUGCAUUGAUAGACCAAAGCUCAUGUUUGACACUGUGUGCACGCUCACCGACAUGAACUACAUAAUCUUCCAUGCUUCAAUCACUUCCGAUGAUCACUUUGCCUUUCAGGAAUAUUACAUUAGACAUGAAGAUGGCUACAUCGAAGACACAGACGAAGAGAGACAGGUAGUUUCAAAAUGCCUGGAAGCCGCAGUUAAUCGUCGAGAAUGUGAGGGACUCCGACUGGAGCUUUGUGCUCAAAACAGUGUGGGAUUACUUCCUUAUGUCACAAGAACUUUUCGAGAGCACGGGCUUACUGUUGCUCGAGCAGACAUCGAAGCCCAUGGGGAGAAAACUAGCAAUGUGUUUUAUGUUAAGGACAUCUCUGGUAAUGAAGUAGACAUGGAGACUGUUGAUACACUUAGGAGAGAACUGGAUCCACUGCUCUUCCAAGUGAAGACUGAGCUGAAACCACAGAAGUUGUACUCUACAGAGAAAAUUGGAUUCUCAUUUACCAACUUGCUUAGAUCUCAAUUGGAGAAAUUUACGCAUAGCUUUGUAUCUCCAUGACAGAAAUGUAUGGAUUCUCUU